CCCGGCCAAAGUUGAGUGGAGCAGCAGCCGGCAGCACCCAGGGGUCCAGCAGCACCUGGCUCCCAUCGAUGGCCCCGGUGCUGCCGUGGGGUUUGGCUGCUGCUGCACCCAUUGGGUUCCUGCUAUUGCUGUUCCUCUGCGCCUUCUGCCCCAGGGCGAGCGGACGCCUCUCCACCCAGAGCAACGCAGGGAACUCCGGGCUGGUGACGCUGUCGGGACCGGACUGCAGAGAUGGGGAAGGAGCGCUGCUGGGAGGUGCAUCGCCUUGCAGCAGGACAGACGUCACCAGUGAGGGGAACACGGACAUCUCUGGGUCACCACACCCCAACACAUCCCCUAAAUCCUCCCCGAGGACCCCAGACUUCCUCCGUCACAGGCAGCUCCCGCUGCUGCCCGGUGACACCGCAGAGCGCGCAGUGGACGCAGUGCAGGAUGCCCAGGGCUCCAUCUACGAAAGCAUCCGCUACAAAUCCCAGAAGCUCAGUGCUGGGCUGGAGAAGCCCUAUAGGGACGAUGGGGACAGUGGGGACCCGGUGCAGUGCUUUGUUGUGCAAGAGGAGCCGUGCAGCCCAGGCAGCCCCAUACCUGUGUAUGCUCGUGUCUGCAAAGUGUCCCGGGCACCACAGCACACGGUACCCAACAGCAUCGAGCCCGAGGAAGAGGCGGCUCCAGCACUGCCAGAGAAACGCUUCGACAUCCUGUAGGAUGAGAUGGAGGGAUCUCAGGAUUGGACACUGGGAAAAAGCUGAGCGCUGGGGAAAGGUUCUGCCCCAGAGGGCGGAGAGCAUGGAACAGCUCCCCAGGGCACAGCCCUGACCUGCUGGAGCUCAGGGAGCAUCGGGACACCACUCUCAGACACUGGCUUUGAGUUCUGAGUGUGCUGCUGGGAUGUCCCCACACACCUGCAGCCCUGGGACCGGCUUGGUGCUCACCGUGCACUGAUGGAGUAUGGGCAACUCAGGGUCUUCUCAGAGCUUUCCCCCAAAAUACCAAGCUGCAUCCCACGGGGACACAGCAUAAUUCCCUGUGUCACCCAGUCACUUUGCUCUGCUUCAAGCAGCGGCUUUGCUGGGGCUGAGUCAGAUGGAGCAGAAAGGGAUUUUGCUUUAAAGGAAAAAAAAUAACAACUAAGUAGAAGAAUACGCCUUUGACGUGACUCCUGGCACAGGAGCUGGGGACGUUUCUGUUCUCACGUGUCGAUGGCUGGCGCCAUGCUGCAUGGGGUGACUCAUUUCGGUGCAAGAUCUGGGGAGAUCUCAGAGCCAGGGGAAAUCAGGGACGUUACUCAGCCCUCUGCUCAGCACUUCUUAAUGUUCCCAGAGGUGCCCUCGGUCACUGCAGGGGCAGUGCUGGGGGAAAUGCCAGUGCUGCAGGGUCCAGAAGUGUCCGUGUGCUGAGUGCUCCCCAAUAACAUAUGGGCAUGGCCCCAUUUUCAGCUGUUACAUAAUCACUUCCAGUGCACACGAUGGUGUUGCUCACCUGCUGUCCUAUACACUCACCUGCCUUCCUAUAUGUUCAUUCACCACCUCAGCUUCCUGCCUCCUUAUAUGCAUGUCUACCUUCCUAAACACACCUGCAUUCCUACAUGCUCGCUGCAUGUUCACCUGCCUCCACGUACGCCUCUCUCUAUACCCAUCUGCCUUCCUAUAGUUAUCCCCCUAUAAGCUCACGUUAGGCAUGAAGGGGAGCCCAAAGGUGGGCUGUUUGGGGAAUAUUCACAAGAACUUCUAAAAUUGCUGCCUGAGAGAUGCAACACAGGCAGUGACAGGGCAGUGUCAGAUCCUGGAGUGGCUCCCUAGCAAAAGCAAGCAGGCUGCAGGGCUGUGCCUUGCCCGGUGUUACUGCCAAGUGUUACCGGCUUUCUUUGCGUGCCGCUCAAAGGACAAGUUGGUUAAUGAUUAAUUUUGUAUCCUGAAUGAAGCGGUGGGGAAGAACUGGGACUGGCUGGGUGGUGAACAGCUCUUCAUGGAGCUGCCAGCCAGUUUGGGAAGGGAGGAGAUUUGGGUAAGGAGACUUGCUAACAUCCUCCAGAAAGGUAUUCCAGCUCACAAGGGUUGGACAAGAAAGGCUUGGCUGGGAUUUCAGCUGCUGCAAAGCACUCUCACUUCUUCACCCUUAUAGAGAAGGAAAACCCACCAGCACCAAGCACCCACAAUUUCAUAGACCUCUGCCAUCUUCCUCUCCACCCAGCCCACGUGGAUCACCGUUCUCAUGCAUCACACCCAAGAGAGCUUUUGCACAUAAAGGAGCUUCUCCACACAGCCAAUCAUCCCCAUCAUAUUCUCCAAAUAAGACCAUGCUGGGCUGUCCACCCAGACACAGAGCUCCACAGAGGAGCUCCAGCUUGUGUCCAUUGCUUGGAGUUCCACAUUUGGAACAUUUCUGGACAUGAGGAAGUAUUACUUCUCAGAAAGGGUGGUCAGGCACUGGAAUGGAUGCCCAGGGAGGUGGUGGAGUCACCGAGCCUGGGGGUGUUCAAGGAAAGGCUGGAUGUUGUGUUGAGGGACAUGGUUUAGUGGGAGCUAUUGGGAAUAGGUGGACAGUUGGACUGGAUGAGCUUUUAGGUCUUUUCCAAUCUUGGUGCUUCUAUGAUUCUAUGAUUUCAGUAGCUUGGAUCCUCUCAGCUCCCAAAAUAAGCCAAGAUGAGAUGCAAGAACAAGCAAGGUACAAAAAAAGCAAGGUUCCUGGAGAAUACCUGAGGCUUGCUGAAGCUGUGCUAGCAGUGCAAAGGAAAGAGCAGAGCUUUCACAGUGGAACAGGCUGCCCAAGGAGGUUGUGGAUGCCCCAUCCCUGGAGGCAUUCAAGGCCAGGCUGGAUGUGGCUCUGGGCAGCCUGCUGACUGCACAUAGCAGGGGGUUAAACUUGAUCAUUGUGGUCUUUUUCAACUCAGGUUCUAUGAUUCUAUGGGAGUGGAAGCAAAGAGUUAAAAAUGAGCAAGGAGAAGGAAGGGAGGGGAAAAAAAGAAAAGCAAACAGGCCAGAGUUUAUUAAAAAAAAAAAAAGCAUAAAGAGGCAAAGAGCAGAAAAGGAAACCUCGUGAGUGUCUCUUCCUCUCUUGGCUUCUCCCUGCUUGGGCUGCAGGGAGGGGGAGGCUCCGCUGCGUGUGCCUGAAGGAGCCGGGUGCACGGCACAGCAACCUGCACCUACAGAGCAGUGCUCCAGCCCAGCACACGGAGGAGCUGCCCAGAUCCACUCCUGUGCCCAGCUCUGGCUCUGUCCCACGAUGCCAGCGGCACACAAACCAUGCCACAGCCUGUGUGACCUCUCCCCAGCCGAAUUAUCAGCGAUGGGAUUGCAACACUGGAGGAACAGAGCAGCGGAGCAGCUGGCCUGGGGGCUUUGCUGUUACACGGCCUGGGCAGUAACAGUUAAAUUCUGCAUCACGUCAGCCCCAUGCGUAUAAAAGUCAGGAGCAGGGCAUUGCCAAAGCCAGAACUGCGAGCACACUGCGCGCCAAGCAGCUUGUGCAACCACAGACACGCUCGAUGGCUUCUGCUUGACCCUGCUGGUUUUUCAGGCUAUCAGGGAGCCCUGGCAUGGCAUUUCCAAACAUUUUCCUCCUCCCAUGAGAAUUAAGCUUUUUAAUACGUGAGCUGCGUCGGCUGGGAGAGCUGUGCCAGCUGCACUGUGCCUCUGCUGAGGGAAAUGGAACAUAACCAGAGAAAGCCCUCUCCUUUGGGUGGCUCCCAGGGGCAGGGCUGGCACCAGCUGUGGACAACUUCCAGGAUGCAGCUCUUUUCCAGGGACGUGGAUGCAGCCAGAUUUGAUCAGUGGUGCUCAAGACCUCGGCGCUGUUAAAUUCAGUAAUGUUAUUGCUGCCUCUGCGGCCGAUACACUGUAAAAUAAGAAAAUCCUCCUAAAUCCCAUCCAUAGAAUCACAGAAUCGCUCGAGCUGGAAGGGAUCCAUAAGGAUCAUCGAGUCCAACUCCUGGAAAAUCAGACCAUGUGACUGAGAGCAUUGUCCAGAUGCUUCUUGGGAUCAUUUGAGAUGCAGAGUCAAGCACUGCACGAGGCCAUUUUGAGGUGAUGGCUGUCUAAAAUGGACACCGCACCCCACACCGCAUUCAUUUUGAGGCGAUGGUCAUCUAAAAUGGACGCCACAUCCCAGCACAGAGGCUCCGGCCUCACCACUAAAAUGGCCAACAUCACAGCACCGAUGAGCUCAGAGUUCCUUUGGGAUGAAACACCCCAAAAGCCUGGGCCAGAGCAUGGAUCCUGUGGGUCAGAGCAUGGAUCCCAUGGCCAGACCGCCCUGGCAGGAGAUGACACAGAGGAACUCCUGCACCUCAAGUCUCAAGGGCUUUGGGUUCUUCUGCUGUUCUCAGCUCAUGAUAGGAACGAGGUGAGCGCAAGGAGGGUCAGUAGAGCUGCACACAACAGUGCAACACCUCAGGAAGUCCAGAUGGAAGCAUCCAGAUGCAUGGAGAUUGCCUUUGAGGAAAAUAUCUUGCUCUUGUUCAACACCAUUGGCAGCUAUAAAUUCUGCCAAUGAAUUGGCAAUAAAUAUAUAAAUUUAUUUCUUCCCAUAUUCCUUCCCCAUUUUACUUGAUCCAACCAGCUGAGGAGUUGAAAAACAGCACAUUCCAAAUGUUUGCAACGAGACUGCAAGAACAAGAGUCACUUUCAGACUGGGACCUGGAUUUUCACGCUCUGGAGUUGCUUGGAUCUCGGUACGCGUUGGUCCUUUCUGAUGUCAAUGACACAUAGGAAACUUCGGCCAAAAAAAAAAACCCCUCCAGUUUAUUUGGUUAAUUUGGUCUUGGUGGCGUGGCUCUGAUUCAUCUCGUACCAAAACAAAAUGAACGAUAUUAAUAGACCCAAAAUGUCAGUUAAGCAGUUUAUCCUGAGCUUGUGUACUCAGAAAUGAAUAAUCUCUUGAGGUUGAGGGACAGCGGCCAAAGCACAGCGCUAGGCAGAGCAGUGGGUGGGUAAAACCAAGCCAAGCUUUUUCAGCUGCUAAGCACUGUUAGACUCAAGCUAACAUUUAAUAUUAACUGAAAUGAAAGCUGUAACUAAUGAUCAUCCUGUGGACACA